AUGUUUGCUUGGAGCCACUUGCUAGUUUUGGCAGAAUUCAGUGCUAACCACGUCUUAGAUCUGCAUCUCGAGACAGCUACUGUCCGCGAAAGUUUGCGAUUCAGUGCCAUGCUCAGACAACCAAAAUCGGUAUCCAAGCAGGAAAAGUACGAUUACGUCGAAGAAGUUAUCAAGAUGCUCGACAUGGAAGACUUCGCCGAGGCGGUCGUUGGUGUCCCUGGUGAAGGUUUGAACGUUGAACAGCGCAAGCUUCUGACUAUCGGUGUUGAACUUGCUGCUAAACCUAAGCUACGUGAGUAUUUCUUUCUUGGUGAAUUUUGGAACAGUGCUGAUAUCCAACCAAAGUCCUCUUCCUCGACGAGCCUACCAGGUGAGUAA